GCGCUCUCGUCACGUGGUACACCGCCCGGCGGGCCUGAAUAUGCGCACGCUCACGCAAGAAAAGGUGGAGGCCGGUGUUAGACGACUUCUGUUUGUUCUUGCAUCUUUUGGAGGUUUACCUGAGCAUUUCAUCAGAGUGUACCAAGGGCUUUUUUUGGCUUGGAGCAGUCACAGCCUAACACAGCACGAGAAAGCUGCAAGAAACGAGUAGUUACUGCAUUCUCAGGAAAACAGCAAUGUGAUUGUGAAAGUCAUCUGAAGGCAAAGACCCCCUUAGAAUGUGAACCCCCAGCAUCUGAAGAGGAUUUCUCCUGCAGUCCUGGUGCUAAAAAAGUGGAAAUGGAUGAAGUGUAUCUUGAAGGAGAGACCACACUGGCUAACAGUUCCCUUGAAGGGUCUGCAGAAUCAUGCAGAAGUAAAAGUAGUAAAACAGAUAUAACAAUCAAACCCUGUAAAGUGCUCUUGAGAAAUAUUUUCUGUGAAUUAAAACCUUCCCACAAAUAUUGUUUAAUACCCCCAAAGACAAAGAAAUUGUCACAGAAAACAAGAAAUGCAAAAAAGAUUGUUCAUUCUAAAAUGCUUCAAGUUGUCUUGUGUGACUUGUUGGAUAGACACUGCAUUAAAAUAACAGGGAACCAUCCCAAUCCUGCUACUCUGCCAGAAAGCAAAAAAGUGAACAAGAUGGACAAUGACUUGGUUUUGAAUAAUUCUGCAAAAAUACUAAGUAAGGAAACAAAAAGUGCUAAUGACAUUAAAAAAGCAGAAAGAGUAGCCAGUUUUCCAGAUAUCUCCAUGCUGUGUGAUAAUAUUUUAAGCAAGUUUUAUUCUAUAAAAUCAAACCUUGAAAAUUCUGCUACAGGCUCUUGUCGUGCUGAAGAGAAUAAAAAAGAAGCAAAGCAUUUACAGGAAGAUCCUAUACCUCUUCCUGAAACACAGAGCACUGUGUCUUUUGAACCCACUAAAGAGUGUAUGGAACAUGGAAAAACGUUGAUUGAACAAACAGAGAGGAAAGAAUCAUCUCGCAGAACAGAUUUGCCUGGAUCUAAAUAUUCAGGAGAAACUUCUAUUGAUAGUACUAGUCAGCCCAGCAGAAUAAAUAAGAUACCUAUAUCUGAUAGUUGCUCAUUUGAGCUUGAAGGGAAUGGAACUGUAAAUAUUGGAGUUCCCAUAUGUGCCACUUGUGAAGAAAAUAUGUUCCAGAAGAUGCAGAAUGGAGAUCACAGCAGUGAGGUUUCACUGUCAGAAUGCCAGUCAUUUCCAGAUGAUGUUGCAAAUAUCAAGCACACUGAGGCCAGGCAAGAAACCGUGCUAAAUGAUAGAGAGAUCAGCAAUGCAGAAGAACGUGGGAAUUCUCAACCAGCUGAAGAAGGUCUUGCAGGGGAGGAAGACCAGCUCCUGCUCCGUCAGUCUCAUGGUGUGCAAACAGUCUUCUAUGAAUUCUCUGACUCAACAGUCAAACUCCUUGGAACUCCCAAAAAUAGCUCUGUAAUGCUCGAUUUGGAUCGGCUUAUAGAACUGGAGGAUUCUUCAGAUUCCAAGGAAGGGCAAGGCAGCAGCACAUCUCUGAUUAAAGAAAAUCAAGGCAGCCCAUAUUCAACAGAGCUGACCUGGCACCAGUCUUUAUAUUCAGACGAUACCACAGCAAGGAAGAGAUCCAGCAGGCGACAGAUUAUCAGCUCUAAACUAUCUGAAGAAGAGAGCCGCAUUAAAGUUAUUAAUGCCUUGAGGGAGGUCCUACAGAAAAGGUUGGAUGAUUCUCCUGACCUCAGUGUGCAAGAAAAUACCGUUCUGAGGAUAGCAAAGAAAGUGGAGAAGGCACUCUUCAACCUUUCUUGCUGUGUUGACCAACAUUACAAAAACAAGUAUCGCAGCUUGCUUUUCAACCUGAAGUCUGCAAGAAAUCAGCAGCUUUUCUGCAAGGUGAUUCUUGGGGUGAUCUCUCCAAAGAGGCUGGUUCAGAUGAAUGCUCUAGAACUGGCACCUGAGGACCUUGCAGAGUGGAGAGCCAGCAAGAGAAAGCAUGCACUAGAAGUUAUAGAGAAAGAAGAACGAGAAGCGCCGAGGUGUUGCCUCACAAAAUUCACUCACAAAGGAAUCAUAGAGAUAGACAGAGAUACAGACGAGGAUUUGAUGUUCCAAGAAAUAUCUGGAUCACAGUUGCCUGAAGAUGAGAACUCUCAUCUUGAAGCUCCUGCAGCAUCUAUGAAGGACUCUAGAAAUAACCACAAAAGUCACAUGUCAGAUUUUGACUGCUUGAGGGACACUGGACAGAUGGCUGCUGACAGUGAAGGAGGAUUUAAACCACCUACAUACAAGUGUAUUUUAAAACAGAAAACAAAUGUCUCUAAAUAUUUGCAGUCAAACACCAUCUAUUCAGGUGGAGGAGAAAGACGGUUUCAGGAAGACAGAGCUAUCUCAUCAAGCUUUCCCAAGAAGCAUCUCCAGGUGGGGAAUCAGGCUAGAAUUUCAGUCAUCUGGAAAGGACUUAUUCAGAUGUUCAGUUUAAAGCGGUUUGCUGCAAAAGCAUAUCCUGUUUCUGGCUCUGGCUAUCAUCUCUUUCAGACUCUACCUGAUCUACUUCAAUCAAGGGGCUGCAUUCUCCCUGAGGACGUCUGGGCCUAUUUUGACAGCAUAUGGCCAGCAAAGACCAAGGAGAUGGCCUUGAUAAAAUUCCACCCAAGCUUGACAAAAGGCUGCAGCCCUUACAACAUGCUGUAUUCUUAUCUGAACAAUAAACAGAGAUACGGCAUUGUGGACAACAACCAUAUGGAGAUGUUUAUGGUGCCACUAGCAGCUUACCAACCAGUACCUUCCAAACUCCACCCACUGGGUGGCCCAGGGCUUGAUGCGUCUCACCCUUCCUUGUUGCUGGGAUUAAUUCUACCCAAGAGACCUCCCACUGGGCCUGGCCCUUUACCAAAACCCAAAAGAAAGAAUGUGACUUUUAAGGACAGCAUCGAAAUCCAGUACUUUCCUCUUCCUUCGCAAGUAGACGCUCAUCAGCACCAGCCACCGCAACCCCUGUCCCCGAAUGAGCCUCUCUGGGAACGUGAUUGUCUUGCAUUGGUUCUUCCGUGGUGUGAGCCACUUCUCAGUGAGAAGUCAGUCAGCAAGAUGGUCCACGGGGCUCUUUCCUCGUUUCACCAAGAAACAGCUGGAGAUGAAACCAGUCAGUCUCUUUCAGAUGUUAUUCUGCAGUUGCAGUGUGACUCUUCUUUGAUCGAGGGACAGUUGGGCAAUCUGACAUUGGAAACCUUGGGAGUGCAAUCCCAGCAGGCUGAGAUUUGCACCAAUCCUGGCCCCUUACACCUCAGGAACCCUCUUGGGCUUCUUCUGCCCUCUGAGACCGUCCGCCCAAAUCAUCAUGGAGUGGAUGGAACACACGGAGCAGAUCUCUUGGACACUUCGCACUUGCUGAACAUGCUUUGUCCUGAGCCUGUGCCGCCUGCAGAAGCAUCCGAGGCUCCAUUGCCACCCCUGAUCCCUAGUGCUGCACCUGUUGCCAGAGAUAGCAACUCACUCAUGAAGGACACUUUAUCUCUCAUCCACUAUGUGACACAGUUGCAGUCCAAUAUAAUCCCAGACCAGGAGCCUCCUCCUGGUCCUCCAUCUCUCCUCCAUCCAUUUUCUACAAUGCCACCAGAAACUGCCUCUGCAUUGUCCCCAAUUGUAGCAGGGCUAGAGGUCCCAGCAGUUCAGCAGAGUGAUGACGAAGUGUAUGCCCAGCUUCAGCUGCUCCUGUCCUUGCUGGGGGGAUUGGCUCAGCCCCCUUCUACUUGACAAUCCAUCCUCUAAGCAGCUCUCUAAACCUUGUGAUAAGCAAAGCAUGCUUUGGGAACGCUUAAUCAGGAUUAAAAACAGCAUUAUCUGAACACUGGGCACAAAAUGCUCAAGAGCUGCAAAUAAUGUAGAGCAGAAUGACUUGGGAGGGGAUUUGACGUCCUCGGGAAUGGGUAGUAUAAUAUAGAAUUUCAUUAGGCAUAUGCGGCCAGUAAUCAAGAGAGAAGCCAAACAGGGAGUUACCAUUAAGGUUUUGUGUAAGCAAACAUGGUCUGGUAGAUCUGCCUAAAAAUAACCUUCCGGCAUUACAUUCACUUUUGAAACAAAUACAAAUUAAACAAAUACAAAUGGAGGUGAAGGUGAGUUAACUGUCUUUUUUAGCAUGAUUUAAAUUUUAUCUUCCGGAGAGGAAGAAAAUUAGAAGUGGGGAUCUAAUGUUGAAUAUGCUUUUUAAAUUAUUUUUGCAACUUCCAAGAAGACUUUUAAAAAUAGUUAUUUUAUAUUUUAAAAGACGUUAAUUCACGUUUCACAAGAUCCUUUUCCUUUGGAAAGCUUGAAUCUAAGUUCAGAACAUUCUCACAGUGAUUUGGAUAGCAGAACAUUGGUGCUGAUUAUGCAUACACUGCUGGGUGGUAUAUGUCUUUAUCAAGUGUGCAUCUAACUAUGCAAUAAGACCCCCAGCUGAAGAAGUGAACAUUCUCUUGCUUCCAUUCCUAGUCAGGAAUCCUGAGAAGCACUGAUUGGUUGCAAACCAUGGCAAGUUACUGUUUUGUUAAAAGGUCGUGUCUACACCUUUCAUAGGGCCCAAAUUUACACAUUGUGGUGGCACAGCUGCAUUGUAGUCCUAUAUCGAGUCACCCCAGUCUCUAAACCCAUUGAAAUUAAAUGGGUUUAGGCUGAAGUAAUUCUGCAUAGGAUUGCACUAUUGGGUUUUUAAGGGGGAUCUGCCCCAGCCAUGCAGAAAAGAGGAAGCGUGUUUGUGUUUGGUCCAAUUUACGGAUCAAGGGGGGUGUUUUGGAUGAAGGGGGGGAAAUGGUCUAGGGGAACAAAUGCUGCAGGGAAUGGUGUGUAUGGUAGAAGUGUAGUUAUUUUUGUAUUUUACCAUUAUGGAAGUUGAAUAACAGUAUUGGGCAAGAGGGGGGAGUCUGAAUAGGAAAACUUGAAUUAGGAUGAUAGGUACUAGUUUUGUUGUCUGAAUACAAGAUGCUGUUGCAGCAGAUUUGUUUCUGUUUUCAAUGUCAAACAGUUCAAAAGAGUUCAAUGCAAUAAAGCUUUUAUUAUGUUUU